UCCUACCUGUACCAGUGAUGAAACUCCACCACUUCUCUGUCCUCCUUUCUUCUUCCCACUCCUAUUUAUUUAAACAUCUUCACUUCAAAUCUUGUUUUCAAUCGUCGGCCCGAAGAAGUGGAAGAAUCGAAGCUGUGAAGCUGUGAGAAACUACUGCUCGAAAAUGGCGUCUCUACCACCGGUGCCGAGGUCCAAGUUGGGCUCCCAGGGCUUGGAAGUGUCGAAACAAGGUCUGGGAUGUAUGGGGAUGUCGUACAUGUACGGCCCGCCUAAGCCCGAGCCAGAUAUGAUCGAACUCAUCCGCUACGCUGUCGAUUCUGGAGUCACCUUCCUUGAUACCUCCGACGUCUAUGGACCUCACACGAACGAAAUUCUCAUCGGCAAGGCUUUGAAAGGAGGAUACAGAGAGAAAGUGCAGAUAGCAACCAAGUUUGGCAUUGGAACAAAGGAUGGGAAAACGGACAUUCGUGGUGAUCCAGAGUAUGUGCGAGCUUGUUGUGAGGGCAGCCUGAAGCGGCUUGAUGUAGAAUGCAUUGAUCUUUUUUAUGCUCAUCGUAUUGAUACUCGUGUUCCCAUUGAAGUCACGGUUGGAGAGAUGAAGAAACUUGUUGAAGAGGGUAAAGUUAAAUACAUAGGUCUAUCUGAGGCCUCUGCUUCGACAAUCAGAAGGGCUCAUGCUGUUCAUCCUAUAACAGCUGUUCAGUUAGAAUGGUCAUUGUGGUCAAGAGAUUUGGAGGAAGAAAUUCUUCCAACAUGCAGAGAGCUUGGUAUUGGCAUUGUCCCUUACAGCCCUCUUGGACGGGGAUUUUUCUCUGCAGGACCACAACUGUUUGACAACUUGGCAGAGGGUGACAUGCGUAAGAAUUUCCCAAGGUUGAAACCAGAAAACCUGGAGGAAAACAAGAAAAUAUUUGCACGGGUUAGUGAAAUGGCAGCAAAGAAAGGAUGCACCCCAGCACAGCUGGCCUUGGCUUGGGUUCAUCAUCAAGGAGAUGACGUGGUUCCAAUUCCUGGUACCACCAAGAAGGAGAACUUCAACCAGAAUGUUAGAGCUCUAUCAGUAAAAUUAACACGAGAGAAGAUGGCUGAACUUGAGUCCUAUGCUUCCGCUGAUGUGGUUAAGGGUGAUAGGCAUGUCUCCAUGGCAACUACAUGGAUAAACUCUGAGACCCCUCCUUUGUCUUCCUGGAAAGCUAAGUAAAGAUAUGAAUCCAUCUGAGUUUGGUGUUGAUAUUAUCUUGAGAGUGUGGUCAAAUGAAUCCAAAUGCUAGAAUAUUUGGAUGAAUAAUGUUUGUGAGGAGGCAUACCUAUUUGACUAAUUCUACUUAUCAGCAGGCUGUGGAGAAGAUACUUUUGUCUUUUUGAAUUAGGCAAAUCUAUGUUGCUAAUGAUAUAGACAGUAUGCGAUGCUUCUGUAAUUCAACUUGUGUUGGUUUUGUGUGCUUGUUAUUUGUGGUAUUUUGCAGUGAUGUCCUCCAGCAGUUUUACAAUUA